GCAGGCCCUGCAAAGCCUGCAGCCCCACAAGGGCCUUCCAAGCCGAAGGUGCCUCAAGGCCCCUCUCGGCCCAAACCGGAGGAAGUUCCGGAAGCGCCUGAGGCGUUUGAGUCAUCGAAGUCCAAGGAACCUGAGAAAAAGGUACUGCUGGGACACAUGGAUAUCAUGAAGGACCAAAAGCGUGUAUCUUGGGACGAGCUCAAGACCAAGCUGGCCGAAGCAAACUGGAAGGAGGCAGGCGUGCCCGGGUCCAGUGAAUUCGACACCUACGCUGCCAAGCUUGAAAAGACACGAAACGAGCGACUUGCACAGCAGGAGGACGACACAAAGAAAGCGCUGAAGGCGGUGGGCAAAGGCAAGAAAGAUAAGAAAAAGGAAAAGAAGAAGGACAAAAAGUCUGGCAUCAAAAGGACAGCGGACGGAGCUGUACUCGCGCACAGCAGUGGCGAGUCGGAGUCCGACCAGGAUGACGCGCUCUUGGCACGCUACAAGCCACCCAAGUGA